UUCCACCUCAAAAUUAAUUAACAAGGUUGUGUGAACAAUGUAAGAUUCCUAUACAUUAAGAUUUUUUUUCCUAAUAUGAUGAUCCAUUUUAUGCAGAUGAUGAGACUGUUACUGCAAUGUAGGUCGGUUCAGCGAAAUGAAGUAAAUGGUGAUGAUUUAACUUUCCUUGAUAUUUUAAGAAACCAAGGACAGAGAAAUGCUGGUGGAGGCUUAAGAAGCCAGAGACUGAGAGUAGGAAAGGCCUUGGAUUUGGAACAAGUUGCUAUGAAAACUGGGUGUAAAGAGGCGGCUUCCGUGCCAAGACCAAAGGCAAGGUGUGAGAUUUUAAAAUCACCAUUCACUUUCUGGACAUUCUGCUCCACAUUCAUUAGACGCCGAAGGACUAACACGUCAGAUGAAGCUCGAGGAGUGUUCCUGAUUGUGUGCUCUUUGAUAAUAACAGCCACUUACCAGACUGCACUCCAGCCUCCUGGAGGUGUACAACAGUCCGAGGAUUCCAAUGCGGGUUCGAUGGUGAUGAAACAUGCAUUCUUAAUCCUUCUUUGGGUUUCCAACACCAUUGGCUUCGGCUGCACUAUUAUCUACACAUUUUGUCUCAUACCACUUGUUGGUUUGUUUUCAAAUUGGUUCUUUUGGAUUGGGACAUCUCUGUGCAUUUCUUAUGAUGUAGCCAUGGCAGUAAUCUCACCGUACCCUCUAGUGUUUCUCUCCGUAAACUUGGUCUUUUUACUGCUCAUUGCUCUCUAUAUUUUGCUUGAAGUUUUUAUACAACGUUGGUGGCUUUUUUACUGUCCAUUAAGAAAAUGUUAUAUGAUGAAUUUUUGGUUCAUUGAAUGUUGUAUAAUUUGUAAUACUAUUUAG